AUGACGACGACCACAGAACCGACACAAUUCCCCCUCCCGCCCCUCCUAACACACCCCUCCUCCUCGGGCCCCGCGACCCUCGUGACCCAGGGCGCCGAGGCCCGCCUCUACAAGACGACCUUCCUGACCGCCGACCGCCCCGCCGCCCUCAAGUACCGGCCCCCGAAGCCCUACCGCCACCCGACCCUCGACGCCCGCCUCACCCGCGCCCGCAUCCUCGCCGAGGCCCGCGUCCUCGCGAAGUGCCGCCGCGACGGCUGCCCCGUCCCCGCCCUCUACGGCCUCGACGAGGCCGCCGGCUGGAUCAUGCUCGAGUGGAUCCCCGGCGCCCCCGUCCGCGUGCGCGUCAACGAGUGGCUCGACGGCGUGGUCGCCGUGCCGGAGGGGCAGGGGCUGGCCGAGAUCCCCGAGACGUCGGAGGCGGGGGAUAAAGAGGUCGUGAUGGCGGGAACGGAGGGCGCGCGAGUGGCAGAACAACAAGAAGCAGAAGACAAAGUCGUCGGACGGAGGAGGGACGCCACGGAACUGAAGAACCUGAUGCGCAGGAUGGGCGCCGCGGUGGGCAAGAUGCACAAGAUCGGGAUCGUGCACGGGGACCUGACGACGUCGAACAUGAUGCUCCGCCCGCCUCGGCCGUCUGCGUCCGCGUCGAACGGGACCUCGGUUCUGGAGGGGGAGGUAUACAUCAUCGACUUCGGGCUGGCGAGCCAGAGCACCUCGGACGAGGACCGCGCGGUCGAUCUCUACGUUCUAGAGCGCGCCUUCGGUAGCACGCACCCGCGUGCCGAGGAGUUCUUCCAGGAUGUGCUGGACGCAUACCGCGAUUCCUAUAAGCAGGCACCCGUGGCGUUGAAGAAGCUGGAGGACGUGAGGAUGAGGGGCCGGAAGAGGAGCAUGAUCGGCUGA